UUAAUACAAUUUCGAAGUUUACUUAAGAUAAAAUGUCUUCGAUGAAAAAUUCAGAGUAUAGCAAUGAUUAUAGGCAUGAUAUGGCCUAUGAUCCUGUUGAUAAGACCAAUGAUAAGAAGGGCACAAAAGGACCAAAGAGAAAACAUUGGUUAAAGGAAGAAGACGAAGCCAUCGUCAAACUUAUCCAAGAGUUCGGAACUACCAAAUGGACACUAAUUUCACAAAUGAUGAAGAAGAAAUACAAUAUUGGGAGAAGAUCUGCCAAGCAAUGCCGCGAGAGGUGGCAUAACCAUCUCGAUCCCGAUAUAAAGAAGGACCCCAUCAGUAUAGAAGAAGAGAUUCAGAUCUUUAAACUCCAUCGUAAAUAUGGAAACAAAUGGGCUCAAAUAUCGAAUGAAAUCCCAGGAAGGACAGAUAAUGCCAUCAAGAAUCAAUUUCAUAGUAUCCUAAGACGGCAGGUGAAAAAGAUAAACAUGCUGUUGUUCUCUAGAAAGUUCCAAGAACUUUAUAGCCACCUUCCAGAAGAAAAGAAGCUGAGAGAAGUUACAAUUGAGGAUCUGAGUAAACUUCUUAAAGAUGGCUUAAUGAACUAUGAUGAUAUCAAUAUGUUGUUUAAGGAAUCCUUGGAGGGUAUUGACCAAGAAAUGGUUAAUACUUUUAAACAAACUGUAUCUAGUAGCCUAGAGCAGAAAUAAAGAAACUCAGAUUAUUAAUGACCAAAGAAAUAGGCGUUCUUCAAGAUUAGGCAGAAGCAGGACUCAAAGAUCAGUUACUCCUGAGAUAGAUCAUGACAAAAUUGCUUUACUCACUUUAAUGAAGAUCUGAAAGUACUUCAGAGAAGAACACAAAGAUGAGCUAUAUAAAUAUCAAGCGAUAGAAUUUGAUCAAAAUUCUAUCGGAAAUCCCAAAAGUACCCUCAGCCAUGGCCUGAAUAAGAGAGUUGUGAAAGAGAAGGUCAAGCAAGAAGAAGAUAAAUUUAUGAAUGAGCUGAACCUUCAGAUGAAACCUACUAUUACUGCUUCCCCGCUGAAGAAUGAAAAGAUUGAAUCACUGCAAAAGCAAGAAGUUAGUCCUACUCCAAACAAAAUUGGGAAUCCAUCUAAUAAAGGUAGUAAUGAGAAAGUUACUAAGAAAGUGGAGAAAUAUGUGGAUCCGAAACUUGUUCCUGAUGGCCACAAGAAUCUCUUUAGAGCGUUGAAAAACGAUGGAUCUGGGAGUAGUGAUGAAGAUUUAAAAGGAAAGAAAAUUCCUACUUUCGAACCUCAAGCAAUAAGGCCUACUAAGAUGCCAAGCAAACAAUUCUUUGGGUUCAAGAACACAUUUAAAGAUGGAGAGUUCCAAGAGCAUUCAAACCCAAAUCUAAUGUAUCCGAACUACUCAAUCCCUCCAAAGUUUCUAUUCAAUAAUGAAUCUGAUCCUCAACAGAUGAAUGUGUCUAAUAACUCCAACCUGACACAUAGCUUCAUGUUUCAGAAUUUUGAUUUUCACUCUCUUCCUGGGAAGAACAAAGUGAAUUUUUCAAAGCCUACUGAUAUAAAUGUUGACUAUCUCAAUCCCCCACCCAAGCCAAAUAUUUCCAAUUUCACAGCCUCUAUGUUUCCGAAGUCUGACAGUAGACCCCCUGUGAUUGAGAAGGACAGAAAUGUUCAGAUAAAUCUGAGCAUCCAGGGAGGAAGCUCAUUAGCACCUCAUUCAGCUCACACUAAGCUAGUUGAUCUCAACAAGCUGGCUGAACCUCUCAACAUAGCCACAAUGAGAGGGAAAAAGCUCACUAUUGAAGUUCAAGAAAACGGAAACUUGCUGAUAAGUCAAUGUGAUAGUCUUGGAGUUGUCAAUACAAAUAAUACGUCUAACCCUAAGGAUAUGAGCCGCCCUAAUUUCGAUGAACGAGGGUCACCCAAUGCUGCACACAAUUCACAAAUCUUCCAGAACAACAAAUUUGGCAACUACAUUAAGAGGGUAGCUUCCAAUAGUGAUGCCAUGAACAGCAAUAAGAGCGAAACAGAGUCUAUAAUGCUUCAGAGAGCGCAAGGAGGUUAUAAUAUGGAAACUAAGCUUGGAGAAGCAGGGAAUAAUCAACCCAGGUUUAACUUCAACACAUCUACAUUCAGAAAUGCCCAGUUGUAAUCCAUUAGAUCCUUUGAAAUAAGAUUUGUUCCCAUAUUGGAAAU